AUGCCGGGAGUCAUAGUUGAAGAUCUAUUUCACCAGCAAACGAACGUUCUCACCGCUGCUCAAGAAGUUCUAAUGAACAAAAGGAUAAAGCUUUGCGGCAAAAAGUUUUUACUAAUAGAGCUAUUGAAUUAUUAUGUGUCUAACAAAGAAUUUAUAUUAAUAGAAAUUACUCUUUUAACAACUACAGUGCAAAGUCUGAUUAAUGAA